CUCGUUCGGCCGUCUCUUCCGCCCCGGACCAACCCAGGCCCUUGAUCUCCAGAGACCCUGGCACCUCAGCCUUAGGAAAGCAGUGCCGCUGCUCCUUGGACUCUCCGCCUCAUUACGCACUCUCCAUUGUGCCAUGCUCCCCGCUGUGCGACCCAUAUAUGCGUAGAUGACUUGCUAGCCUGUGCGAGCGCGAUGCCUCUGAGGGGCCUCCGAGCGAACCGCAGUGAACGAGAUCUUAACCGCCGCAGCACACUUGAACCCACCGCCCUCUUCAAGAAAGGCUCCUCCCCUGCCGACCAUGCGGACGACCGGACUGGCGGACGAAUCGCUGUCUCCGAAGAUGGUGGACGCCCUCAUUUUGGCGAUGUCGGAGACAUUGGCGAAGACAGUUCCCCCUCGCCGUCUACUCACGAGCCUACACCCAAGGCCCGACGCUUCAGCCUGAUGCGUUUCCGCCAUGCCUCGGACUCACACCUGUCGUUGAAAGCAAAAGAACACGCAGACUCUGACGCUCCGCCCGUUCCCGCAGUUCCUGCAACCUCCAUAGCUACGCCCUCCAUCAUAACCACAGCACCCACCAUUGUCGAUCAUGACGAGCCUACCAUCCCGCGCAAGCGCGGAAGAAUGCAACAGUUCAGUUUGCGUCGCCGUUCUCUCGAUCCGUCCUCGAGCCAACUACCCGGUCUGCGGAAGUCGAUGGAUAAGAAGCAUAGUGCAGACAUUAAGAGAGGGCCUUUUUCGUUUAUGCGAAGUCAAAAUGCUCUAAUAGAAGAGCCAGGGAGGCUGUCAAUCUCAGAGGCACCGGACACGCUCGUCCCUUCUGCCCGGGGCACUGCGCAGGAAGGCGCGUCGUCCCUGUCUCUCUCCGUACCCAGGGCGUCAGAGUCUUCACGGUCUGACGCCAGUUCAGGCGUUCACAUCUCCUUUGAACACACUCCUAGACCACGGACUACCCCUAAAUCCAGUACCUCACUGUUCAGCCUCGGGCGUAAGAAGCAGCGCGCAUCUCUAUUCCCGAUACCUAUGAAAGUUACAACCCCUCAAUUCCCAAACACCGCACCUGCUACUCCACGGGCUUCUACGAGCGGGGUCAGUUCCGGCUCACCGCAUCAUUCCCCCGGAGGCGAAAGCCCCCCUUUGACCGCCAUCAACCACAAUCGUGUGCAGAAAUCAGAGAACGGUACCACGACCCCUCCACAUUCCUCAUCUCAAUUUGCGCUAGCCGCUGCGUCUCUGAACGAUGCAUCGGGAGGAGAUUGUCUGCUUCGAAACGAUUCAAUCCGGUCGGUUCGAUCCGCGCAUUCCUCGCCGAAUCGUCGGCCGAAUCGCCUCGCUCUCCGAGGUCGGUCUUCAACGAUGGGAUCAUUAGGAGCGCGGUCUGAGGAUGUACCACCACCAACUCCGCCAUAUAUCGCAAGUGGCAGAACCUCCACCUCGACAGCCGGCAGGAGUAGCUUCAGCAACUUGUUUAACUUAGGAGCAAGAUUCCGUCAGAACCCUGAGACAUACUCUCCCCGCCACGGAUCACCUGCUCACGGAUUCUCGGGGAAUUCGGGGCCGUUGUCACAGCAAAACUCUCUGAAUAUCAGCCGAGAAGCCCUCGUGCUACCCGACCGUGAGGAGGGUGAAACGCCAGGGCAUUACUUGGAACGACUGGAGGAGAAUAACAUUGACAAGAGCGUAAUUGCAAGUUUGCUUACGAAGAAAGAUGACGCCUUUCUGCUUGCAGUAUUGCGAAGCUAUAUGCGGAAAUUUGCCUUCUUCGGAGAUCCUAUCGACAUGGCAAUUCGCAAGUUAUUGAUGCAGGUGGAACUGCCAAAGGAAACUCAGCAGAUUGAUCGAGUACUUCAGGGGUUUGCUGACCGCUACCAUGAAUGUAAUCCUGGUAUAUAUAUCAAUCCUGACAAGGCCUACUUUAUUUCCUUCUCGAUCGUUAUUCUCCACACCGAUUUCUUCAACAAAAAUAACAAAAGGAAGAUGCAAAGGAACGACUACAUCAAGAAUUCAUCUUGUGAAGGCGUCUCGGAAGAUGUAUUGGGAUGCAUAUACGACAAUAUUGUGUACACGCCUUUCAUUCAUAUUGAGGAUGAGGUUGAUCUCAAGAACAUCGCAUCUCGACGAAGUAAGAAAUCGGCGGUACUUAAAGGAUCGCUGCACGAUCCAGCGAAGAAGGCGGUCCGAGAGCCGCUUGAUCCGUACACGCUCAUCUUGGAGGGCAAACUCGACAUACUCCGACCCAAUAUCAAGGAUGUCAUGAACCUGGACGACCCAUACGGCUAUCUCGGUUCGGCACCGACGCUCGAUAUCCGGAACCUCUACAAAUCAUUUGCGCGCUAUGGAGUCCUCCAGAUUGUGUCUUCUAGGUCAAGACCGGAGGCCUUCAUGUCGCAAUCGUCGCAGGAGAACCCGCUGGAUUCAUCGGUAGGCAUCGUGGAGAUGCCGGUCACUAAGAUCGGAGUGUUGUGGAGAAAAGACACGAAGCGGAAGAAGGCACGAUCGCCUUGGCAAGAAUGGGGAGCAGUGCUCACGCGUUCUGGACUUUCCCUCUUCCGAAAUUCUAGCUGGGCGAAGAACCUGAUGCACCAACAUGAUCAACAUGAGAAGCAUGGAGACGGAACCCCGGUAGUCUUCCAGCCACCUCUGCACGAGUUCAAGCAGGAUCAUAUCAUUCCGAUGGAUGGGGCAGUUGCACUUGUCGACAAUACGUACAAGAAGCACAAGAACGCGUUCGUAAUAUUUUCGAAGGCGGGAGAAGAGACCUUCUUGGCAGACAACGAGAAAGAUUUGAACGAUUGGUUAGGGAUGAUCAACUACUCGGCCGCAUUCGAAACCCUCGGUGUCCGCCCAAGAGGACUCAUCGGAGCACUAUAUGAUGGCCAAAGGCAUCGCGGCAUCCGGCGACUGGAGUCAUCGCAUUCCACAACGUCCGUUUCGACGCCAACCGGCGAAGUCACCAUCCAACGUGGGCGAAUUGACAAGCAGUUUGCUCAACAGAUUAUGAGCGCACGAAGAGAACUUAUGCAAAAGCGUAUUUCCGAGUCUGAGGAGCGACUUACGCAAUGUAUCAAGCAACUUGAAACACAAUUGAGAGAUGCCAGGCAUCUUCAGAUUCUUGCACCCAUUCAACCUAAGACCAGAGACCUUCUAAUCCAUGCAGCCGGACGUCUGUCGGCAAAACUCAAAUGGUCGCGGAUUGAAAUCUGGCGUAUGAAGUGCCACCGAGACAUCUUGGCCCAAGAGUUGCAGGAAGAGAAGCAGAGCACCGGCGAUCUUGCAUCUCAAAAUGAGCGCCUUGAUACCACGUCCCCCCUGGUGCAGCAGCAACUCUCCCCUCUACCGGCUAAGAAGCCCUCCAAGAUCGUCGGACUGACGCGUCUCACUUCUAAAACUAGCUCACAUUCAGGAAGCCAGAAGCCGCCUCCUUCUCCCACCGUCUCUAUCGCAAGACCAGGCACCAAGUCUUCAAGAGAUACCGAGAUUGGCGGAGACGAUGCGUUCAAAACUCCUCCUGAAACAUCGCGUCAACCAAGCCCCAGUCAUCUUUCUGCACCAUAUGCGCAUAUGCCAGUCACCCCUCAGUCCCUCCAUUGUCCGGAGCCUAUGACGAGUUCUUCCACACAGUCUCCGAAGCUGACACCCUUCGAUCGACGUCUUUCUACAUCCUCGAUCGGCGGAGGGACCUUGAGUUCCGAUGAUCGCUCUGAUGUAGAAUUGCGGUACGAGACACCGCCGCCCAUCGAGCCUGCGAAAACGGACCGGCCCAGCACCCCCGAAUCGGCUCCCACAAAUGGGCUUCAUCUCGACGGCGGCUCCGACUCUGAAGCGGAUCGGCCUCCUGCUGCACUUACCGGCUCACCGGAGUCACGGUCAAAGGUGAGACGGAGCUUGCAUCGCACGUUGCGAGAUUCUCAUGCGGGAUCAUCUCACCGUCGAGGACAUAAGACGAGGGAUUCUGCAUCUACCAUCGUCAGUGAUGAUACUCACGAGAGUGAGGGGUUGGCGAGGAGGAAAGGUAGUUUUACUCUUCACGGCAAGAAAGCCUCCGUCAUCACCUUUGGGCUUGACUGGCAGAACAUGUCCGCAGAGGAACGACUGAAGAUGAGAAAACAAGCCCAUGAGGCAUUGGAAACAGGUUCUGCAGAAGAUAAGGAGGACGGCACUCGCGGUCGGUCACACUCCAUCGCAACCGCCAGUACUGGUACCAUUCUUACCUCGCCCCGCGCCAACGACCAGGACGAUCCGACGCCUCGCCCCUCUCCCGACGACAUUCAGAAGAAGCGCCAUGUAUCUUCACAAACCAUUACGCCUGCCAAUUAUCGAGCCUCUUCGGGCGCCCACGACUCCGAUGCUCGGUCCAUGAAAAUGGAGAUGAGCGGAAUUGAAGAGGAAGCAACCUCGAAGUCGCUCGAAUCAGCAGCGCAAGAAAAACCAACGGGGGAAAAGGCAAACCUUGAGCAACCCCAUAUUGAGAACCCAAAUUCACAAGCUGGCGACCAGAAAUCAAAAGCUCCCGAAGCUUGAUCGAUCCUGCUUGUUUGCGCAACAAUUCAUGUAUAUGCCUCGGAUUUAUCCAUUGUCGAACCUUCAAGAUCUUAGCGUUGCAUGGGAGUGGCUCU